UACACUGAGCUGCACGAUGGGGGCAGUGAAGGGUCAGGUUAUGCUGUAGCCUGUGUCGAUGCUGAACCGGCGCUGUGUCGUCGUCGUUAUCCGCUCGCCAUGGCCAUGACGCGGUUCGAGAGACUCCUGGGUCUCUUGCUCAGAGCUGCUGUGAGAGUUUUUCUCGCCGUUUUUGAGUUGUUUACACCUCAGCGAGGAAGCGCCGAAGAGCCUCGACUCCCUCCCAUCAGCAACCCGCUGCUCAGGGUCCCUGCAAUACAACUCGCCCGGCAGAUUCGUCGUAAAGAAGUAACCAGUGUUGAGGUGGUUCAGGCCUACAUUGAUCGUAUCCAGGAGGUCAAUCCACUGAUCAAUGCUUUGGUUAAGGACAGGUUUGCUGCAGCACUUCAAGAGGCAGCACAGGUGGAUAAACUGAUAGAGGAGGAGACGGGAGGGGAGGAUGUACUGGAGGACAGGCUCCCUCUUCUGGGAGUGCCUGUCACUGUGAAAGAGGCCUUCGCUCUGCAGGGCAUGCCCAACUCAACAGGACUGCUCAGCAGGAAGGCAGUGAUUUCGGGGGUGGACGCCCCGUCUGUGGCUCUGUUGAAGAGGGCGGGGGCGAUUCCUCUGGGUGUGACCAACUGCAGUGAGCUGUGCAUGUGGCUAGAGUCUCACAAUCACCUGUACGGCAUCACCAGGAACCCCUACAACCUCGGGAGGAUAGCAGGGGGUAGCUCUGGGGGAGAGGGAAGUAUAAUAGGUGGUGGUGCUUCGGUUAUUGGAGUGGGAUCAGACAUUGGGGGAAGCAUUCGUAUUCCUAGCUUUUUUAAUGGCAUAUUUGGACACAAGCCAACAUCAGGUAUAGUCAAUACUGCUGGACAGCAUCCUCCACCAUCCGGGCAGCAGCCGGGGUUUCUCUGUACUGGCCCUAUGUGCCGCUAUGCUGAGGAUCUCCUGCCCAUGCUGAGGAUCAUGGCAGGACCGGCUGCAGAAAAAUUAUCCCUCUCUGCUGAGGUUGACCUAAGGAAGCUCAGGUUCUUCUCUGUUCCUCAUGAUGGAGGAUCACCGCUCCUCUCUCCAGUAGAUCCACAACUGAUUCAGGCUCAGAAAAAGGUGGUUGCUCGUCUGGAGGCUGACCUCGGGGUCAAAGUUAAAGAAGUGCGUAUCCCUCAGCUGAAAUACUCCUUUCAGAUCUGGGGAGCCAUGAUGUCCUCACCUGGCAAGGAUGGGAAGUCUCCUACCACAUUUGCAGAGCUCAUGGGUGGAGGAAAGAGGGUAUGGCCUGUGUGGGAGCUGUUCAAAUGCAUGCUAGGACUGUCUUCUCACACUGUGGCUGCUAUAGGUCUGGCACUGGUGGAGAUGUUUCAGAGCUCACAGCCGUCUCAGUUUAUCCUGCAGCAGAAGGAGAGCCUGCAGAGAGAGCUGGAGGAGCUGCUGGGCACAAAUGGAGUGCUGCUGUACCCGUCUCACCCUCAACUUGCCCCAAAACACCACCAACCCAUAUUCACCCCCUUCAACUUCUCCUACACAGGAAUCUUUAACAUCCUGGGCCUGCCAGUCACCCAAUGUCCUUUGGGGCUCAGUGUGGAGGGCUUGCCACUGGGACUGCAGCUUGUGGCAGGAAAGCUGCAGGACCGGCUCCCUCUGGCCACCGCCCUGUACCUGGAGAAAGCCUUUGGUGGCUGGAGAGACCCAGGCGACAGAGCAAAUACAGCAGAAAACACCUUGAAUACCCCAAAAUCCAGCAGUAAUGCCACAUAAACAUCACACAUAACCUAAUAUAACCACUCUAACUACCCAAAGCUUACAGUUAAAGGUGUCUUUUACACAUUGAUGAGUGUUAUGUCCACAUACGGCAUUAUUGGAAGCUUGUUCAUCAUCUUAAGACAGUUUUUUGUGCAUUCGGUAGAGCACAAACUUUAGCUACUAUGCUGUUGUAAGACAAUUCAAUAUAGGCUUAAAUUAGCACAAUAUCGAAAUGGGGAGUAUUUACCUAACAACUAUACCCAUUUCUUUGAACCUACUACUAAAAGUGCUGUUUAGCGAAGCAGAGUGGAGCCCUGCAGCUGGGGGUCAGGUUCAAAUCAGAGAUAUGCCAGGUGCCAUGGCUUCUCAAUGCAUUUGGCUACAUGUUCUCUGAAUGCAGGGUCCCCCUCUUCUCCAUCAUCAUGGAAUGUAGUCAGGAGAGUUUGUAUGCAGUGUUGCCAGAUUGAAUAGUUUUCCAUCCAAUUGGGGAGUUUUUAGUUGGGGCAAAGUAGGAUCAGGCCAGUAGUCAAAGUUUGGGCUACACAUAAUAAAAUGCCAUAACUUCUCUCCACGCCCAUCAGAAUAUUGACCAACUACAUUGUAUCCACGCUUGUUGAGAGGAGGUUUGCAUUGCCAAUUCCCUAGUACGUGUUGCAUGUGUGAAUGCGUUUGAAUGUUUUUUUUUAAUUUUGCAUUUGAAAAUGCUAUAAUACCACUCUUUCUUCUCUAAUGUCUAUUCUAAUGACUACUAAGCUUUAAUAUAAGCUGUUAGAGUACUUCAAGAUGAGCAUCUAAAAGCAGAUUCUCAUCUCAAUCUACUGAAACACUUUAAUACCCCAUAAGAAGAAGUACACACCUAACACAGUGUGAGCGUGUGAUAUUUCAGGACAGAUUUCUUAGAAGAUUGAACUGGAUUCAGUAUUUUCUGCUGAUAAUAGCCCAAUAUUCACACCGGGCAUUGAAUGAAUGCACUACUGAUGCGUUAGAAUGAUUCAUUCACUGUUGCAUCAUUUUGGCUGUAAAUAAUAUUGUGAAAAUGCUAAAGUGUUUAAUAUUUAAGGUGUUAAGCUGUUUAAUUGUUUAGGCAGGUUUUAUUGCCUUCAGGUGUUUUUUGAGCAGUUUGGAAAACAUUCAACCAAUCUGGCAACUCUGUACCCAUGUAGAUGUGUGGCAUAAUCAGACGUCACAUUGUUUUCCUCAAGUGUGCUGGUGUGUUUGCCAGUGCUGCACAUCCAGUUCUGCUAAAAGACAUGCUACAUUGUCCUGGAGGAGAGGUGCACUAACCUUCACACUUGACUCUGCUGAUGAGGGCUAUGAAUAAAAUGGUUAAAAUGG